CACCGAGCGAAUCAAAACGUCAAUAAUGUCAAAAAAAUAAUAAUAAUUUCUUGUCGGCCACAAAAUCCGUUCAGAAAAUUGGACAAUGAGUUCGGAUCUCCUUGGAACGAUGGAUUCACAGUCAAACGAUCCGUUGACACUAGUCGAAUUAAAUGAAAGUCAAAAAUUUGCGGAAAUUUUCUGCAACUUUGAGGGAACAUUAACGUUCCAAUGUGUCUUCUGUCCAUCACAAAUGAAGAAUUUCACCGAAUUCAACGUUCACUACAUCAUUCACUUUAGGGAAGUGUUCAUCGUUAAACGUGAAGAUGAGCCUUGCGUUUUUGAGCCGGAUAUCGGAAUCGAUGAAGUGAAACAGGAAGUAAAACCAGAACUAAGUCGAUUAGAAAUGGGCCAUGAAACUAGUGGCGAACAACACUGGCAUGAUCAACUACAUUGCACUAAGUGCAACAAAACAUUUGAAUCGCAGCUCAGUUUCGACCGACAUGUCGAGAAUCAUGUAUUGUUUCCGGAAAGCUUUAGCUGUGACAUCUGUGGCAGCAAUAUAAAGAAGAAAAAGGAUUUGCUGGGACACAUGAAGGACAAGCACAGUGGCAUCAAGCAUCCGUGUACGAUUUGUGGCAAGGCAUUCAAUCGUUCUUCCUACCUAACGGUACACAUGCGAAUUCACCAAGACAUCAGACCAUUCAAAUGUACAGAUUGCGGUCAUGCGUUCAUUACGGCAGGAGCACUAUCGUUUCACAUGAAGAAACACAACAAUACAAUGCCGCAGUGUCCGUGUCCCUACUGCGGUAAAGUGUUUGAUCGAUCUGGAUCGCUUGCUGAACAUGUUCGUUUACAUACCGGUCAGAAACCUUUUGGAUGUGGCAUUUGCGCGGUGAAUUUCCGGACAAAGAGACAUUUGCGGGAGCACAAAGCAUCGCAUAUAACCGUGAAAGAGUAUCCCUGUGAUAAGUGCGGCGAGACCUUUGAAAAAUCGUCCGAAGUAGUUGCACAUCAAAGAACAAUUCAUUCAGACACCGGCGGAACUGAGUCAAUUAAUUAUGCCAAUGCGUCCGUCAAGACUUCAGAGUCAAACCAAAAGGCAACGAUCAAUUGCUAUUUGUGUGACAAAGCAUUUGUCAGUCAGGCGAACCUAAAUCAACACAUUCAGAACCAUUCACUGUAUCCCGACAGUUUUGAAUGCGACAUCUGUGGCAGUAAGAUCAAGAAGAAGAAAGAUUUGCUCGAUCACAUGAAACACACACACAGUGGCAUCAAAUAUCCGUGCAAUGUAUGCGGAAAAUCAUUUUCCCGGUCGUCCUAUCUCAUCGUCCACAUGCGAAUGCACAACAAUGACCGAGCUCAUCAAUGUGCAACGUGCGGUAAAACGUUUAUUAUGGCCGGUGCGCUAACAUUUCAUAUGCGGAAACACAAUAACACGCUGAAUCAAUUGCCAUGCACGACUUGUGGAAAGGUUUUCAAUCGUCCGGGUGCUCUGGCUGAUCAUAUUCGUGUGCAUACAGGAGAGAAACCGUUCAAGUGCGACAUUUGUCAGUCGUCGUUUCGGACGCGGAAAUAUUUCAACGAACACAAGCAAAUCCAUUUGGAUGUGAAAAAUCAUGAAUGCACUUUGUGCGGAAUGAAAUUUAAACAGGCGGCUGGCGUUCGGAAUCACAAACGCAAAGUUCAUGGGAAAAGGGUCACGUCGAAGCGGAUGCAAAGUGAGAAAUCGACUGGUUAAUGGGCAGAGACCGAGAAAACAGUGCACUGUGUUUUAAAUGGAUAGGGAAACAUUUUGUUUAAAUGUUCCAUGGAGGACAUUGCAUUAAAGUUACAUCAACCAGAAGUCUUUGUUUG